AUGACAAAUUUUCAAUAUUCGAAUCCUUUUUUAUUCGUUAUAAAAUUUUCGAUGUUACUAUUAUAUCCUGCAUUUUUUUAUGACGUUUCCGCCCCAUCUAAACAAUAUGUGAUUGUGAUACUGGUAACAUUUAGGAGUCAAAAAGCUAAAAAAAAACAAUCAACAAGUACUCAAGAAUACCAACCCAAUAUUUGCAUUCAUCUUCUAAUAAUGCCUCCACGGAAGAAAUAUGAAAAUGGUAAUUCAAAACCGCAAUACAAUCCACGUAACGAGCCAGAUUAUUCACAACGCCAAGAGGCUAAUAAUGAAGGAGGUGAAAUACAAGGCCGUGGUUUGCAAACCGAGCUCCAUUCCGCAUUGAAGUCUUCCAAUUUAAACUUAAUCAGAAGAAAUUACCAAACUGGUGAUAAUCCAUAUCUCAGUGAUCUAAACAAUUCAGGUUCAUUAAGGAAGCUUAACAAACGUUAUGAAAGAGGCCUGAAGUUUUACAAGAAAGGUGAAAUCAGCAAACAAAUUGCACUUGAAAGGGAAUCACAAAAAAUUCUAGACGAGAAGGAACUUGAGAGGAAACUAAAAUUGGAAGAGGAGGCUAAAGAAAGAGAGAAAUUAGUUAAAUCAGGUGAUUUACCCAACUUAACAUUGCAUGAAGAUAACUUCAUACUAGAUCUGUCAAAGUUCGAGACAUACCACAAGACCAAUCACGGUCACGAAUGGUGGGACACUGUGUUCUUAGAUGAGAGGGGUGAGAUGAUGGAAAAAUAUAUGAUUGAAGACCCAGCGCUUGGUAAAGGAGAGGAAAGAGAUGAUGACGAUGGCGAUGACAUUGAACAUCCCUCAAUAAAAUACGUGUCUCAUCCCUCACCUGAGAAGACCAAUGAGGCAAAGACAGUAAUCAAGGCAUAUUUGACACAGCAUGAAAGGAAGAAACUAAGAAGAAAUAGAAGAAAAAUGGUUAGAGAAGCACAAGAGGUAAAGAUUAAAUUAGGACUACUACCAAAGCCUGAACCAAAAGUCAAGCUAAGUAAUAUGAUGAGCGUCUACGAAAAUGACCAGAAUAUAUCGGAUCCAACUGCCUGGGAAAAAACAGUUAAGGGCCAAGUAGAUUUGAGGAAGAGGAAACAUUUGGAGGAAAAUGAAACCAGACAUGAACAAGCAGUUAAAAGAAGGAAAGAAACUCCUGGUGUAACUUUCGUAAAGCCGUCGGCGUACCACUGCAAGGUAUUUCAAUUCAAGAACUUACAGAAUCCGAAGAUAAGGUAUAAAUUGAAGAUGAACAGCAAAGAACUGUCAUUGAAAGGCUUGUGUCUUCGUAUAAAUGAUGAUGGACCGGGAAUUAUUAUAGUGGUGGGCGACGAGAAAUCGUGCAGAUUUUAUGAGAACCUGGUGAUGAGACGGAUAAAAUGGGAUGAAGAUUUUGAACUACGUACAAACAAUGAGAAUGUGAAAAUGAGCAUGCAACAUAAUUCGAUUGCGAAAACAUGGGAAGGUUAUUUAAAAGAUUGUAAAUUUAAAGGUUGGUUUAUGAAGGUGUGUAAUGACCAAGAAACUCUAUUACGUACUUUGAGCCAAUUUGAUUCAGAGCAUUUUUAUUCACCGAUCCAGACUUAA